AUGGUGGAUGCCUUGUUGAGGAGCCUCAGCGUUGGAAGGGCUUGUGCCAUUUUCGACGGCGGCCUAGGCAAGUUCGACAUUGCUGCCAUCUGCCAUGAGGUGCGAUGUGUUAACGCGCAGGUGGGUGAAACAUUUUGCAUCACGCUGUCUGACGCGGAACAGCGUGUGGCUGGUGACGAGCUCCACAGCCUCGGCACCGUUGCAAUUGCCAAGUCCCAGGCCGAGGAUGGCAUCCUUGUUCUUAAGGUCUGGGCAACGCGAGACACGCCACCUUUCUCCAAGCAUGCGGAGAAGCGGCCUGUGGGUGAGGUACGCAUUCCUCUCCGACACCUUUCUGACCUUUGCAACUGCAUGUUAUACUUCACCUGGGUGAACUUGGAGAGUGCAGGACUCAAUGAUUCCGUCGCCCACCUAGGCUAUGGCAACCCAUUUGCUGCCAACAGCUCGGAGUCGUUCCUCCAGGGCAUCAUGAGCAACCCUCGGCAGUUGAUGCAUCCGAAGGCCUGCAUCUCACUCUGUCGGGCAGAUCAGCUGGCUGAGACCGACAGACUGCUCUGGACAAAGGACUUGCCGAGGCAAGAUCGCGUUAAGCGAUGGGGUCCUCUUCUGCGAUCUCAACAGCAGCAUGCAGUGAUGUGCACGGCCCAGAACCUUGAGGCGGCACAACAACAGAACGGAUCUGGUUUUCUUCCUCAGCGACUCAUGCACCUCAGGGCGCAGGCUGAUGAGCAAGCUCAGGAGAUUGAGCUGCUGCAGGAGCAGUUGCAGUCGGCUUCACGCUCCACCACGGCACCUACCUCUGCAGAAGCACUGGACGUUUUGCUCAACGGAGGAGGAGACCAAUGGAGACAAAAGCCAUCCAUGACUCUGCUGGAGGAACGAACCAGUCGUCAGCUCGAAGAGGCUAGAGGCCUCGCGAUGCAGACGGAAGCUGCUUUGGCAAGGCGUGGACGAGAAGCGGAAGCACACAAGGAGCUGGAGCUGCAGCAAAGUCUAAGCGCUCAGCUCCGAGGUGAGCUGCAAAGCUACGAGGUCGAGCUGUCGAAGCUCGGUGAAGAAGCCAACAACAAGAUCGAGGCUGCAAACAUCCGCAUCCGCGCGCUUCGAAGAGAGCGUGAUGAGGCGUCGCGAGCGCUUGCAGAUCGGAAGGAAGGCAACCAGAAGCUACAAGUGCUGCUCCAGGAGUUGGAAGAUGAGAAGUCGCAGCUCGCUCAGCAGAAGGAGACCUUGAUGCGGAUGGUGGAAGACCUCCAUACGUGCUGCAACGAGGCAGGUCUUCCAGCAGCAGAUCGAGCAUCCAUCGACAGCAUCAGUGGCUUCAAGCUCCCAGGCUGA